UACAGCCCCAGUCACCACCACUACAGCUCCAGUGUCCACCAGUACAGCUCCAGUCACCACCAGUACAACUCCAGUGUCCACCAGUACAGCUCCAGUGUCCACCAGUACAGCUCCGGACACCACCACUACAGCUCCAGUGUCCACUAGUACAGCUCCAGUGUCCACCAGUACAGCUCCAGUCACCACCACUACAGCUCCAGUAACCACCAGUACAGCUCCAGUCACCACCAGUACAACUCCAGUGUCCACCAGUAAAGCUCCAGUCUCCACCAGUACAGCUCUGGGCACCACCAGUACAACUCCAGUUUCCACCAGUAACGCUCCGGACACCACCAGUACAGCUCCAGUAUCCACCAGUACAGCUCCUGUCACCACCAGUACAGCUCCAGACACCACCAGUACAGCACCAGUGUCCACCAGUACAGCUCCAGUCACUACCAGUACAACUCCAUCCACCAGUACAGCUCCAGUGUCCACCAGUACAGCUCCAGUCACCACCAGUACAGCUCCAGUCACCACCAGUACAACUCCAGUGUCCACCAGUACAGCUCCAGUGUCCACCAGUACAGCUCCAGUCACCACCACUACAGCUCCAGUAACCACCACUACAGCUCCAGUGUCCACCAGUACAGCUCCAGUCACCACCAGUACAACUCCAGUGUCCACCAGUACAGCUCCAGUGUCCACCAGUACAGCUCCGGACACCACCAGUACAGCUCCAGUGUCCACCAAUACAGCUCCAGAGUCCACCAGUACAACUCCAGUUUCCACCAGUACAGGUCCAGUCACCACCAGUGCAGCGCCGGAGACCACUACUACAGCCCCAGUAAGCACCAGUACAGCUCCAAUGUCCACCAGUACAUCUCCAGUCACCACCAGUACAGCACCAGUGUCCACCAGUACAGCUCCAGACACCACCAGUACAGCACCAGUGUCCACCAGUACAGCUCCAGUAACCACCAGUACAACUCCAGUAUCCACCAGUACAGCUCCAGUGUCCACCAGUACAGCUCCAGUGUCCACCAGUGCAACUCCAGUGUCCACCAGUACAGCUCUGGACACCACCAGUACAACUCCAGUCACCACCAGUACAGCUCCAGUCACCACCAGUACAGCUCCGGACACCACCAGUACAGCUCCAGUCACCACCAGUACAGCUCCGGUCACCACCAGUACAGCUCCAGUGUCAACCAGUACAGCUCCAGUCCCCACCAGUACAACACCAGUGUCCACCAGUACAUCUCCAGACACCACCAGUACAGCUCCAGUGUCCACCAGUACAGCUCCAGUCACCACCAGUACAACUCCAGUGUCCACCAGUACAGCUCCAGUGUCCACCAGUACAGCUCCGAACACCACCACUACAGCUCCAAGUACAGCUCCAGUGACCACCAGUGCAGCUCCAGUGACCACCAGUGCAGCUCCAGUGACCACCAGUACAGCUCUGGACACCAGCAGUACAGCUCCAGUGUCCACCACUCCAGCCACCACCACUACAGCUCCAGUGUCCACCAGUACAGCUCCAGUGACCACCAGUGCAGCUCCAGUG